ACCAAGUCUCUGGAGGAGCAGGAGGUGCUCUCGCCCUGGCCCUGUGCCGCUUCCAUUGAACUGGUCCCAACUCCAGCUCUGGAGAUGGCCCUGCUUCUCCUCCUCUUUGGGGGCUUUUGGACCCAGGUGAUGAGCAACCUAGAAGGUCUGCAGAACACAUCGAUGUUGCUACCUACCCUCCAUACCGAGGUCCCAGGGACCCAGGUGACGAGCAACCCAGAAGGUCUGCAGAACACAUCGAUGUUGCUAUCUACCCUCCAUACCGAGGUCCCAAUUAUCUCUGAGGUCCCAAGUAUCCCUGAGGCCUCGGCUGUCGACUCAGCAGUCUCCACUAGGCCAGGGACAGUGGAUCCUGAGGGGACUACCGGCAUCUGGACUCAGACCCCACAUCUGACUCCACAUCCACCUUCCCCAACCCCCUUUGGACUUCCCACUGGUGACAUCAUAAACACCCCUGUACCGGAGCCUGCAAUCUCCCGGGAAGUUUCCAACAAGACAUCGGUGCAGCUUCCAGAAUCGACAGCCGUUUCCAGUGACCCUUCUGCCACCACAGCCAAUCCUGUGACAGGCAGAGCUGUCUCUUUUACCUCUCAAGAAACCUCUCAAGGGAUUAGUGUACCCCCUGACACCAUGACAAGUUCCAAGGAGACCAGUGAACCCUCUGUGGCUACAACAGUAAGCUCCAAGUCCAGUGGUCCCCCUGUCACCAUGACUACUGAAUCUCUAGGGCUCUCCAGUGAGCCACAUGGACUCCCGACCACCAUAGCAGCCAGUUCUGUGGAGAGUUCUAGUGCAGCCGGUGGCACUCCAGUCUCCAACAUAAAAAUAUCCAUAAUGUCUACCCCAGAGCCGGUAACCACCAGGACACCACACCAGGGAUCAAGGGGCAUGUUGCUAGUGCCCAUGCUUGUGGCCUUGCUAGUGGUUUUGGCCCUUGUGGCUCUGCUGCUGUUAUGGCGCCGGCGGCAGAAGCGGAGGACUGGGGCCCUGACGCUGAGUGGAGGUGGGAAGCGUAAUGGGGUAGUGGAUGCCUGGGCUGGGCCAGCCCGGGUUCCUGAUGAAGAGGCCGCAACAGCCGCAGCAUCUGGGUCAGGGGGCAACAAGGGCUCGGCGGCCCUGGAGAGAGAGGGGUCGGGGCAGCGGCCCACGCUCACCACUUUCUUCAGCAGGCGGAAGUCUCGCCAGGGCUCUUUAGUACUGGAGGAGCUGAAGUCUGGGCCAGCUCCCGACCUAAAGGGGGAGGAAGAACCGCUGGUGGGCGGCGAGGAUGAGGCUGUGGAAACCCCCACUUCUGAUGGGCUAGAAGCUAAAGAUGGGGCUGCACCUCAAAGCAUGUGAGCAUCAGGUGGCCUUCACCCGACCUGCUCCCUAACCCUGGAUUCUGCGCUCAGCAUCCUGGCACUCUACAUUUGUGAAUAUCUGUGAACUAAGUGCAUCCAUCCAUCCAUCCACCCACCCACCCACCCAUCCAUCCACCCAUCCAUCCAUCCACCCACCCACCCACCCAUCCAUCCAUCCAUCCAUCCAUCCAUCCAUCCAUCCAUUCUCUCCCCCUUUCUUCCACUAUCCUCCCUUUCGAGUCAGUUUCUGAAUCUCCAAGAGGAUAAUCUUAGUUGACCUACAAUUCCUUCGAGGAUCCGCCUUGAGAUGCUGGGAUCUGACAAAGAAGAAUGAAAUGCCAAACUUUGGGAAGUUUAUGGCGCCCCCUUCAGGACUCCCAUUUGCUCGGGGGCCAGCUUAGAGACUGGAUGGGGGCAUCCAGCCUGUUCUUGUGUGAACUGUGACCUGUGACUUUCCUCUGAGCACUCUGUAGCUGCUGGGGGAGGCUGCCAGAGAUUGGCUACUCUCCUUGGGGCAGAGGUGAGAGUUUCUGGCUCCAAGAAGCCUAGCACCUGCUGUGUCCACUCAGAGAUGCAGUUUGUGUGCAAGAUGUGACGUUUAGGUGAUGGUUGUGAAGAGUAGAGUGAGUACAGAUGUUGGGAAAGAGCCCAGCAGGGACUGUGAACCGCCAGAAUGAGGGGCCCGGUAACUGCCGAGAGCGCAGGGCCCUCCAUCUCGCUCAGACAGGGUCGAAGCAGCUGAAAACCUAAAUCUGUUUGUAGCCUUCAAAAGAAUGCAAACUCGAUGGGGACUAAGCUGCCAGAAACUUCCCUCAAAGGAUCCCUCACACCGACACCCACCCACCCCACGCCCACACGCAAGAAGAGGAGAGGCAUUAGCGUUAGCCCAGCGCGGAAACUGGGUGCCGCCAACCCCCCUGGUCUUGAUUCCUUUUCUAAUAGUCUUGGUUUUCUGGGUUUGUCUGUUUCCUCUUCUACUUCAAGACUGAAGUCCUUCCCUUUUCUAAAGGGAGUAAGAGGGAGUUAGACGAGAAUACAGGCCCUGGGGGUGGAACACGGGUUCCAGGGUCUCCCCGAGGGUCUGAGGCAGAGGGAGGGGACAGUUCCCAACUGUGCUGCUUCUGACCCAUCAGCCUCUGGUACUGGCAUGUGGUCCGAAGGUGGUUGCUGGAGGAGAUUCGCAAGAGGAAGUUGUUGAGUCAGAGGGCACAGUCCUUGAGAACGGGCUGACCUACAAAAGGAGGCACGAGUGUGGCUGUGCUGGCCCGGAUGGAGAAGGGGAAGGUGGGAAAUGGAGGCCCAGGUGGUUCUCCAGAUGAAUGUGGGAGGGGGGAGGGGAGCCAAGGCAUGGAAAGGGGCCCGGAUCAGUUCUCACCACAUCAAGCUGCCCUUGCCCCUUCCCUUAGCCUGUGAGGAAAAGGAAGGGCUGAGAUGGGCACCCGUGGGCCCCCUUGAACCAUUUCUACUGCUCACUGGGGGCCAUGUGGACCACCUUUAACGAGAUGGCAGAAACGAGUCACAAAUGGCCCAUAAGGGACACAGCAGCUGUUGCGGUAGAUUUUGCCAAGCUGAGUGCCCCAAUUUCAGGUAUUUAGAGGAUAAUGUCACCGAACCGAGAGGUCAAGGGCUCUGACAUUUCCUGAGCUGUUUUUGGUUUUCAGCUGCAGGGAGAGAAGAAAGCUGAAAGAAGUGGGGUAGAGAUGGGGGGUACCACCUAACAGGACUUCAGCCCAGACAGGGUCAGAAUGCUCUGAGCCCUAAACUGAGUGACAGACAGUCACAAGGGCACUAAAAGAAGGAAGUGUCCUACUGUUUCUGAAGAAAGACAAGAAGGCUUUGUGUUUGUCCCAGGGUCUCCUCGGCCAUAUCCCAUUUCCUAUUGGCUCCCGUGCCUGGCAAAAACAGGUGCUCAGUGUGCAGUCACAUGAACAAAUGAAUGAGUGAAUGAAUGAAUGAAUGAAGAAAUAAGGCUUUGAAAGCUAGGAAGGGGAAGGUAUUUUUAGCAUAGGCACUAUAGGCAAAAGAUUAUAAGUAAGUAGAGCAGGAACCAUGGCGGGACACAGAUGGAUCUCCUUCAGCUCAGCAGAGGAAAAACAGUAAGCAAGCAACAGAUGUGGGGAAGCCAGAGAGAGAGAAGGAGGGUAAAAACAGAAACACGCAAAUGUGAAACGUGGUCGCAGUUUCAGCUCCAGCAGUUAUAAGAUGAUUGGGAGUGGCUUGUGUUCGUGACACCCUUGCCAUGUUUUCAGAAACUGUAAUGACCCCAGAAAUGGCUGCAGCCGACAUGGAAUGGGAAGAAGGAAGUCAUUCAUCUGUAAAUAUGUAUUGUUCUCAUUUAUAAUAAAAACCACAUCCCAAAUGUUUAAUGUAGUCAUCUGAAAGGUGGGGGAUCAAAGUGUGAUUUUCUUCUUACUUUUCUGUGUUUUUUCAAGUUUUUCACAAUAAAUGUCUUUACUUUUA